CCCCUAGCCUGGGAACCUCCAUAUGCUGCGAGAGCGGCCCAAGAAAAUGGCAAAAAGACACACACACAAAAAAAUUAAAUCUCUUGAGGGCACUUUUUGCACACUGUGUUUCCAUUUUAAUGACCAUGUGUAUUCUCAGCUUAUUAGAAGUUGGAUUUCAUUUUUUCACCUUCAUAGUCAUGAGAAGAAAAUAAAAGCAGCCACUGAGGUUACUUCUAAGACUUUGCUUAAUAUACUUGUAGAAGAGAUGUUAGAAUUACUAACAUGAUUUUGUUGGUUUCUCUUUUGCAAAUAGGCAAUGAUGAGCUGGUUCAGGGUUCACCCCUGUCUAUUCCUUUCUUCAUCUAUUCUCAUUCAUUUUUUUUUUUUUUUUCUUUUUUGUUUGCUUUUUAGGGCUGCACCCUCAGCAGACAGGCUAGGGGUCGAAUCCGAGCUAUAGUUGCUGGCCCACACCACAGCCAGAGCAACAGGGAUCCAAGCCGAGUCUGCGACCUACACCACAGUUCCUGGCAACACUGGAUCCCCACCCGCUGAGCCAGGCCUGGGAGCCAACCCACAUCCUCAAGGAUACUAGUCUGAUGCCUUUGCGCUGCACCACAACAGGAACUCCUAUUCUCAUUCUUUUGUUAGUCUCGUCCAGCAUUAUGACUUGAAAUAACAGGGCACGCUAUCAACUCCCUAGUUUUCAAAACCAGGCAGGAACUCUCUGUCAAAGGUCAGACAUGAGUUGAGUAAAUAUGGGAAACAAACACUUAGCGGUUCCUACAGACAUCGCAAACUGCACUGCUUGACACUGGAGUCCUGAGCGUCCUCUAAGUCACCCCUUAUUUGCAGCCCUCGCACCUUAGGGGAGGGCAAAUCCACUCUUGGGUGCUCCACGCCAACUCCAUUACUCAGUGCAUCAUGUGGAGGCGGCGCUGGGCCAAAAAAAUGCCCAAGAGCGCCGGCUCGCUUUGCCUGCGUUGCGUGGGAAGAAGACUUCCGGCGUCCUCCUUUCCGCGGUUAUUUUGACUGCUCAUUUAUCCGCAUCCUCCAAGGGAGUCUCCACAGAGGAGAGAAGGGGCACAACAAGGACGUCCCCAGGCGAGCCAGGGGCGAGGUUUCGCGCCUUUACACCUGGCCUGACCCGACCCGGGACAAGCGGCUCCGCCUCCAGAGCCUCAGUGUCCGCAGGGGUAGAAUGCACAGUCUCGGUCCUUCCCCUCGGUGCCCCGCAGCUGCGCCCCCUGUGAAGCGGCGGAUCUGAUUCGUGUUCUGGCUGAGUCUCCUACACCUGGGAAGAGCUCCUCCAGACCGGACGCCGCCGCUCAUGGCUGGCAGAGAAAAAACCUACAUUGCCCAGAAGGCUGGGCCCCGCGCCUUAGAGGCCGGCUCUGGGCCAAUGACGGCCCCCGGCGGGGACAUUUUUCCGCGGAGGGCGGGACUUCCGGCUUCCUUGCUGGCGGACGUCACUUGCGUGCGACGGUUCCGUCCACGCCAGCUGUGGGGUGGGCAUUGGCGGUCUGUGGCCGCUUCGAGUGCGCCCCUUCGCGAAUGACCGGAAGGGAGGCUAGGACUCACCUCCGCUCCUUUGCGCGAGUCGGGAGCCUCCUUGUGAUCGAUCCCUUUUCCCGGGCAGAGAAGACGUGUCGGUCGGCCGAGCCCGCGGGACCCGUCUCAGGGGCCGCCUGUCCCGGCGCCGCUGUCUCCUCGGGGGCCCAUGAUGGCGGCAGCGUGGAUGGAGGCGGCGCGGGUGAGUGGACGAUGUUGGUGGCACUGCUGCUUCUCUGCUGGUUCAGAAAGGUUCCUGCGCAGGCUGUGGGUGAAGAAAGGCACUAGGUGUCUGUGACCUUUGAUGAUGUGGCUGUGACGUUUACCCAGGAGGAGUGGGGACAGCUGGACCCAGCUCAGCGGACCCUGUACCAGGAGGUGAUGCUGGAAAACCGAGGGCUGCUGGUGUCUCUGGGGUGUCCAGUUCCCAGACCUGAGCUGAUCUGCCAGCUGGAGCACGGGCGGGAGCUGUGGAUGGUGCAGAAAGACCUCUCCCAAAGCACCUGUCCAGGUGAGCAGGGAAAGCCCACGACCACAAAACCUACCACUUGUGAGCGAGCCCUGUCUGGUGGAGCCUCAUUCCAGGAACACCUAGCACAAGGAGCUUCAGAGGACUCUCGAUUAGGUCAAACCAAAAAUCAGGAAGGGUCAUUGGAAAUUCAGGAAGGACACUUGAGACCAGAGAUAGAACCCCAAAAGGAGAAGCUCCCGGGGAAUCCAGGCUCUGAUCACAGCAGCUUAGGAACAGCUGUUAGUGUGUGUUCACGGGGUGUGCAGGAGGCCUCUGCAGGAGGAGCUGUCCGUGACCAUGACUCAGGCGGAUCAGGUAAAGAUCCCGUGAUCCAGGAAGAGGAAAAUAUCUUUAAGUGCAACGAUUGCGGGAAAGUGUUUAACAAGAAACGUCUCCUUGCUCGACAUGAGAGGAUUCACUCUGGAGUGAAGCCCUACGAAUGCACAGAGUGUGGGAAGACAUUUAGCAAGAGCACUUAUCUCCUUCAACACCACAUGGUGCACACUGGGGAGAAGCCCUAUAAGUGCAUGGAGUGCGGCAAGGCCUUCAACCGCAAGUCACACCUUACACAGCACCAGCGGAUUCAUAGUGGAGAGAAACCUUAUAAAUGCAAUGAAUGCGGAAAGGCCUUCACCCAUCGCUCUACUUUUGUUUUGCAUAACAGGAGCCACACUGGAGAAAAACCCUUUGUGUGCAAGGAAUGUGGAAAAGCCUUCCGAGACAGGCCAGGAUUCAUUCGACACUACAUCAUCCACAGCGGCGAGAAUCCGUACGAGUGCUUUGAGUGUGGCAAGGUCUUCAAACACAGGUCAUACCUCAUGUGGCACCAGCAGACGCACACUGGGGAGAAGCCCUAUGAGUGCAGCGAGUGCGGCAAGGCCUUCUGUGAGAGCGCCGCCCUCAUUCACCACUACGUCAUCCACACUGGGGAGAAGCCCUUCGAGUGCCUCGAGUGCGGGAAGGCCUUCAACCACAGGUCCUACCUCAAGAGGCACCAGCGGAUUCACACCGGGGAGAAGCCCUAUGUGUGCAGUGAAUGUGGAAAGGCCUUUACUCACUGCUCUACUUUUAUCUUGCAUAAAAGGGCCCAUACUGGCGAGAAGCCCUUUGAGUGUAAAGAAUGUGGAAAAGCCUUUAGCAAUCGGGCAGAUCUCAUUCGGCACUUCAGCAUCCACACUGGGGAGAAGCCCUAUGAGUGCACCGAGUGUGGGAAGGCCUUUAACCGCAGGUCGGGCCUGACAAGGCACCAGCGGAUUCACAGUGGCGAGAAGCCCUACGAAUGCCUCGAGUGUGGGAAAACCUUCUGCUGGAGCACAAACCUUAUUCGACACUCCAUCAUCCACACUGGAGAAAAGCCCUAUGAGUGCAGUGAGUGUGGAAAGGCCUUCAGUCGCAGCUCCUCCCUCACUCAGCAUCAAAGGGUUCAUACUGGGCGAAACCCUGUCAGCGUGACAGAUGUGGGAAGACCCUUCCCAAGUGGGCAAACCUCAGUCAACCUUCAAGAACUUUUAUUGGGAAAAGAUUUUUUGAAUGUAACCACUGCGGAAAAUCUUUUGCCAGAGGAAACAUCUUACUCAGAAUCUGAUCAUUCAUACCAAAGAGAAACCCCACAAAUUUCUUCCCUGUAAGAAAACUUGUUUCAGAAUAUCAUUUGUCCUCUAGAGUCAUAUUGGAAAUUGACCCAGCCUAUAGCCUUAUUCUACAUCGGAGAUUUCAUCCAGAAGAGAGACUCAGUGGUUGUUAAUGCACUUGGGAAAACCUUCAGUUCCAUCUUUCUUCUUAGUUUACACUGCAGUGUUAUCUCAGGAAUAUUUUCUUAAAAAAAGAAGGGAGAGACUCAAAAUAGAAAGUGAACUGCAAAAAAAAGUUUCUUUUAGAUGUCCUUGCCAAGCUAUGGCACUUUGUCAUGGAUUCCCUAGUUUUCUUGGCAGGAGGAGAGUUUUUCUGUGGUAAAGGACCUAGACUGUAUGUGCUUGUAUAUACAUUAAUUGCUAUCCUGUGUAAGGAGAGUUAGGCAGGUCUGGAAACAUCCAUAGAACAUCUUUGUUCUAAAACCUUUUUUUUUUUUCCUGCACCUGAGGUAUACAGAAAUUCCCAGGUCAGGGAUCAAAUUCAAGUCACAGCAGUGACAUCGCCAGAUCCUUAACCACUGGGCCACCAAGCAACUCCCAUUUUCUUUAUUCUUAUGGACCUUAAUUUUUGUGAGAAAUACUGGUUUGAGCUAUCAAAAACAUUUACAUGUAAAGAGAUAAGAAUUCACAUAUGAAAGAACAUGUUCUCUUGCACCAGUUAGGACUGUUUCGUCUUUGAUUUUUAAAUGACAAACCUGUGGUCUUAAAGACCUAAUACUCAGACUUUUUACUGGUCCUGUACUAUUUUUGGUUUACUCAGUUGCUGUAAUUAUGUGGUAAACCUUUCAAUUGAGUAAAGUGAUUCCUCUCUCAUUAUUACUAUUUAAAAUUGAGGAGUUCCUGCUGUGGCAUGGUGGGUUAAAGAUCCAGCAUUGUCUCUGUGGCUUUGCAGGUUUGAUCCCCAGCAUGGUGCAGUGGGAUCCGGUGUUGCCACAUCUGUGGCAUAGGUGGCAACUGCAGCUCGGAUUCAUUCUCUUGAUAACUUCCAUAUGCCACAGGUGCAGCAAAAAAAACCCCAAAAACUGAUGUAGCACUCCUCGUUAUUUUAAUUUCCAUAUAAAGUUUUGGAUAAGCUUGUCUAUUUUUACCCCCCCCAAAAAACUUUUUUGAAUUUUGAUGGAAUUUGAGUUAAGUUGGCAGAUCAUUUUGUUGACAGUCAAUGUCUUUGCUGUUUUGAGUCUUCCAGUUUAUGAAUAUAUAUCUACAUUUAUUUAAUAUGGUUGAUUUAUUUCACUACUAUAAGUCUUAAUAAUAGGUCCUGUACAGUUUUGAAGAUUUGUAUAUAGAGGGUUUUUUUUUAAGUGAUUUUAAAUAGCACUGAUUUUUAAAAUUUUAAUGUCCACAGUCUUGUUAGAAGUGUAAUUUUGUUCAUGUUAUGUUGGUAUAUUGCAACCUUGCUGGACUGUAGCCAUUUCUUUUGAUAGAAUGCUUGGGAUUUUCAACAUUGAAAUACCAUCUGCAAAUAGAGAUAAUUUUUUUUUUCUUCCCAUCUGUCUACCUGUUGUUUCCUUUUCUUGUCUUAUUGCAGUGGCUAGGAUUUCCAGUAUGAUGUUGAAUAUUAAUAGUGAGCACAUA